ACAUUUGCGCAAAUUUCUAGCCAUGGGAGACGACAACCAGCGAUUCCAAUUCCAACUGCAGGCAGUGGCAACAGUUUUCUUGUUGGUUUCACAGCUUUGCUUUGCCCUGCCCUUUGCAUCUUCCACCGGAAACGAUAUAGAAAACGAUGGGAACAUUCAGAAUUCGGCCAGUGGACGACCUGUGGAUUAUCACACGGUGGUGGGCCACUUCAAGGACUUCUUCAUGUACCUGCCGGUGAUGAUGACCACGCUGAAGGAGACGAUGUCAGGAUUCCCCAAGUUCGCCGAGGGCAUGCGCAUCCUGACUUCUGGCAAAGGACGAGUGGACGGCGAGGAUUGCAAGUGCAGCCAAAAUGCAUUGGCCAGCGGCGAACUCUUGGACACCAAUUCUCGCUUCGGUUGACCCAGUCUAAUGUAUGUAAUUGCCCACGAUCGCAGAUACUUUACAUGAUGCGCACAUGACAAAUAAAGACAACAGAACUACAUGAGAAU